AGUAAUGGAGAAGGAGAAACUAGAUGGUUGAUAAGUACUACUAUAAUAGUAUAACUAAGGAAGGAGUAAGGGUGAUGGUGGUUCUGAUCUGACUUUUGGCGGUGUGGGAGUCACGAGAGCAGCAAGGGGAAGUCACAAGAGUCACAAGAAUGGAGAGAGGUUCGGGCAAGCUGAGCAGGAAGAAAAGUGGUGGUGGAAACGGACAGGUUCUAGACGGUUCUAAUAUUAUGGAGUUGGUUGGAAACCAGCAAGUUUUCACCACCUUCGUGGACCAUAAGUUUCACGAGUUAGACACAGACAAAGAUGGCAAACUCUCUGUCAAAGAGCUCCAGCCUGCUGUUGCUGACAUAGGAGCUGCUCUUGGUUUGCCUGCUCACGGCACUAAUCCUGAUUCUGAUCACAUCUAUUCCGAGGUGUUGAAUGAAUUCACACAUGGGAAGCAGGAAAACGUGAGCAAGAGUGAGUUCAAAGAGGUUCUCUCAGACAUUCUUUUGGGUAUGGCUGCUGGACUGAAGCGUGAUCCAAUUGUGAUACUUCGCAUUGAUGGAGAAGAUCUUUUGGAGUUUGUUAAUGGUUCAGGUUAUGAAGCUGAAAUGAAUUCCAUAUUCUCUCAGAUUGAGUCCCCUAACAGAUCACUUCAUGAUCAUAUAAUUGAAGCUCUUGGCAAGCUCACUGUUGAACAAGGAAUUCCUCCUACAUCAGAUUCUUGGGUUUUGAGCAACAUUAUGGAACCCGCACUGCUAUCUCAAGCUGGCUCUGAUUUGGAUAAGUCCGUUUCUCAAGAGACAUUUUUGGAGGAAUUUAAGAUAGUGGCAAUGAGUGUGGCUAAUCGUCUUAAGGAGCAACCUGUCAUAGUUGCUCACAGUGAGAACACCUUUGAUGGAAGUGGUGUUAAGAGACUAUUAUCCAACAAGUUUGAAUUGGACAAGAUUUUGAACUCAGCCAUGGAGACUAUGCCAAAAGAUCGAAAUGGAAAGCUUUCAAAGGAGUAUCUAAGGGUGGCACUGGACACGGUGGCUCCAUCUGCUGGUUUACCUCCUGUUGGUGCAAUUGAAGAGAUGGACAAGGUUAUUGGUGAAGUCUUUAAGAUGGUGAAUGCAGAUGAUGCGAAGGUGGUGAAAGAAGACGAAUUCAAGAAACUAUUAACUGAAAUACUGGGGAACAUAAUGUUGCAGUUGGAGGGAAAUCCCAUAUCAGUUUCUUCAAAUUCGGUAGUACACGAGCCACUAGACUCUUCUUCUACACUUCUGCAGCCAUCCCCUAGUGAAACAGCAGCAUAGCUGUGUUGUUUAAGUAUAUGAUGGGUAAAAGAACCGAGCAAUAUAAUAAAAUUUUUAUUCUAUGUAAAUUAUUACUGGCAUAAUUUGUGUUUUGAGCUGUCAAAUUUAAAUGGUGUUGUACUUGAGUCAUCGUUCAGGCUGUUUGAUCGUAACCUAAAAAGAGUAAGAUUAAUUAUUUUACUAUAAUGCAUACAUUAUCAAACCAUUAUGGAUAUUUUCAGAUGUGAUGUGAUUAUAUCCUAGCUGCUCUAUAUAAUAUGAAGUAAUAUUGAUUUA